AUGAAGCUGGGAUAUCUAGGGCCAGUGGGUAGUUAUUCGAAUAUAUUAACGGAGAAGCACUUUAAGACUAGUGAAUACACUCUACACCCUCAUUCUGAGAUACGCAGGUUGUUUGAGAACCUUGACAAUGGCGAUAUCGAUCUAGCUAUUAUACCAAUACGGAAUUCAACAUUUGGACAAGUGAAGGAAUCAGCAGCUGAGAUCGCACGGAGGGAGGAUCUGAUAAAAUUAGAAGAAUACCAACUUAAAGUGGAGCACUGUUUGGUUGCCAGAGCAGGCACAAAGUUAGAGAACAUACGUCUCGUCAGUUCACAUGAGCAGGCUUUAGGACAGUGUGAGAAAUACCUCACUAAUAAGAAGAUCAAUCAGAGGAUUAAGGCCUCGUCAACUGCGAACGCAACUGAGAGACUAUCAAACGUUGAUCAGAUCGAGGGCUUGGAUAUCUCAGAAUGCGCUAGUAUAUGCUCAGAAACGUGCGCUGGUUUAUUCGAUAAUCUGAUAAUACUCGAGCAUGCUAUACAGGAUAACAAAGAUAAUACUACAACUUUCCAUCUCAUGACAAACAAAAAGCUUGAGGGACCACAAGGAGACAAGCUUUUGGAUCACAAGAAUGAUAUAUUUAACCUUUAA